AGAAAAAGAAGAAGAAACUAAAAAAGGAAAUACUCCUAAAAAUGGCGGCGUCCUCACCCGUAGGACGCGUUUUGACUCUUUGCAGGCGGUUUCAGAAUGUGUGCACGUUAUCCUCGGCGAUUGGAACGCAGAAGUGUGCUAUUAAUCUGACAAAGUACCAGGAUAAUCUCAACAGCAGGAACAAGUCUCUCCAGGCCUUCUCAUCUUGUAGCACCUUCUUCAGCCCUCUGGUUCAGCACCGAUCUGUGCACACAACCAUCAGCAGAAGAGGUCUGGAGGAAUUCUUUGACUCUCCAGAGAACUGGGGAGAGAGCACAGUGAAGUCAGGUGCACCAUGGGCUGCCAAACAACUGAGAGCAAAAAGCAACGAAGACUUGCACAAGCUCUGGUACGUGCUGCUAAAAGAAAGGAACAUGCUACUCACACUCCAGCAGGAGGCAAAAAGACAAAGAGUUCCAAUGCCAAGUCCUGAAAGACUGAGGAAGGUGGAGCGAUCCAUGAAAAGACUGGACACAGCAGUGUGGGAAAGAGAGACUUCACUUAGGCUGUUGCAGACAGGUCAGGAGAAAGGCCGUCCAGGAGCCUGGAGGAGAAACAUGUUUGGACAGGUGUUGUGGUAUCGAUUCAAAGAGUAUGCGAUUCCCUGGUACUUGAAUAAAAGAUACAAGCGCAAGAAAUUCUUCACACCAUUAUUUGUCGAGCCACACGUCAGGCUGCGCAUAGAGAAGUCCCUCCGGGAAAAGACCAGAAAAGCACAUCAAGAGAAGCAAAGUCUGCUCAAGUUAAAGGAGAAGUUUCCAAAGUCGCUUUCUGCUUGAUGAAGCUUGUUUUGGUUAAGUUUAAUAUAAAUAAUAAAAGUGCAUUUAUACUUUUAUUCAAUGUAUGUAACAAAGCUAGAACGCAGUCUCUGUUUUUGUCCGUAUCAGAAUUUAAUGUUUCUUUUUGUUUAAAUGUUUCAAAAUCUUGUGACAAAUAAAAAAAUAUAAUUGAGCUCUUACAAAUGCAGAACUUUGUUAAACAAAGGUUUUAUUUAAAAAAAAAAAAAA